AUGGAAGAACAGUCAGACUUAUGUGGGAGGUAUAUCAAAAUAUUUGUAGUCGUCGCAUGUUAUUGGAUAGUUUCAAUAGCUACAGUAUUUGUAAAUAAGAGCCUACUGAGUGGACAAGAAGUAGCACUAGAUGCACCACUUUUUAUAACCUGGUUUCAGUGUAUUGUAUCUUUUACAAUAUGUUUCUCUUUGAGUCGCACAGGAGGUAUACCCGGCAUAUUUAAAUUCCCAAAAGGAACACCAUGGAAUCUGGACAUAAUGUGGAAGGUGAUACCACUGUCCAUAAUGUUUACACUUAUGAUAGCAACAAACAAUCUUUGCUUGAAAUAUGUUGGAGUGUCAUUCUAUUACAUUGGCAGAUCUCUAACUACAGUCUUUAAUGUGAUAUUCAGUUGGAUCUUACUCAGACAAAGAACAUCUUUCAGGUGUAUGAUGUGCUGUGCGUUCAUUGUAUUUGGUUUUUAUAUUGGUGUGGAUCAAGAAGAGUUGUUAGGUUCAUUCUCUCUAAUUGGAACCAUUUAUGGAGUUGUUGGCUCAUUAAUGCUAUCCCUCUAUUCGAUUUUCACAAAGUCAGUACUACCAAGUGUAAACCAAGAAAUAUGGCUUUUAUCAUAUUAUAAUAAUGCAUACUCAAUAAUAUUAUUCUUGCCCUUAAUGGUUUUGAAUGGAGAGUUAAGUGUACUGUGGAACUAUGAAAAUUACCACAGUACAUACUUCUGGAUACAAAUGCUUAUUGGUGGGAUUUGUGGUUUCGCCAUUGGGUAUGUCACGUCACUCCAAAUUAAGGUUACCUCACCAUUGACACACAACAUCUCGGGCACAGCAAAAGCCUGUGCCCAAACAGUUAUCGCCACUCAAUGGUACAAUGAAGUUAAAAACUCGACGUGGUGGUCAUCUAAUAUAAUUGUACUAGCAAGUACAGCGUUAUAUGCCAGGUUUAAGCAGGUUGAAAUGGAAGAGAACUCCAGAAAAAUAGUAUCAGAUGACAAGAAAAGCUUAGUAUAG